UGACUAGCGCACUUCCAUGGAGUCCCAAAAUCCGCAAAUCUCACCACCCCAUGCCUUCCAAGGCCCACCUGAAACCGCUCACCGCUCGCCCAUGUCCGGUUUUGCGGCCAACAUCGUAGACAAAGUGAAAACCAACUUAGUUUUCCAGUCAAAAUGGGCGGAAUUGAAUGGGGCAAUGGGAGACUUAGGCACAUACAUACCAAUAGUGCUGGCCCUGACACUAGUAGAUGGCCUUAAUCUAGGCACAACAUUAAUAUUCACCGGGGUCUACAACAUUAUCACUGGUGCCAUCUAUGGUGUCCCCAUGCCAGUCCAGCCCAUGAAGUCCAUCGCUGCAGCAGCCUUAGCGGGCCCCGGUUUCGGCGUCCCAGAGAUCAUGGCUGCUGGAAUUUUGACCGGGGGAAUACUAAUUGUUCUGGGUGUCACAGGGUUGAUGAAGCUGGCGUAUAACUUGAUUCCUCUACCUGUUGUUAGGGGAAUUCAGCUGGCACAGGGCUUUUCAUUUGCACUGACUGCGGUUAAAUACGUCAGAAAAGUACAGGAUUUUUCCAAGUCAAAAGCUAAGGGGGACAGGCAGUGGCUCGGGCUGGAUGGAUUGGUCUUGGCUAUUGUUUGUUUUUGUUUUAUUGUUAUUAUUACUGGUGCAGGAGAGAAAUGCAGCGGCGAAAGAGAUGAAGAAACAAAUGUUGAUUUGGGUGUUCAUGAAGAAAGGCCUAGAAGAAAAAGAAGAAAUUUCAGAAAAAUUAUCUUAGCUUUUCCUUCAGCCUUUAUUAUAUUUGUGUUGGGUGUUGUAUUGGCUUUUAUAAGAGAGCCUAACGUGGUGCAUGACAUCAAAUUUGGGCCGUCUGUUAUGGAAGUAGUGUCCAUCUCAAAGCAUGCAUGGAAGGAAGGGUUCAUAAAGGGUACAAUUCCUCAACUUCCCUUGUCAAUAUUGAAUUCCGUGAUCGCUGUCUGCAAGCUGUCAUCGGAUCUUUUUCCGGGAAAUGACUUCUCGGCGACGUCACUGUCGGUGACCGUCGGGUUAAUGAACGUGAUCGGGUGCUGGUUCGGAGCCAUGCCGAGCUGCCACGGCUCGGGCGGGCUAGCCGGGCAGUACAAGUUUGGUGGGAGGAGUGGUGGGUGCGUGGCCCUUCUUGGCACAGCAAAAUUGAUCUUGGGUUUGGUAUUAGGGAGCUCUUUGGUGAAGAUUUUGAGCCAAUUUCCUGUUGGUGUCCUUGGGAUUCUGCUCUUGUUCGCUGGAAUUGAGCUUGCCAUGGCUUCAAGGGACAUGAAUACCAAGGAGGAAUCAUUUGUCAUGCUUCUUUGUACAGCAGUUUCUCUAGUGGGAUCAAGUGCUGCUCUUGGCUUUGUGUGUGGGAUUCUUGCUCAUUUGCUUCUAAGGUUAAGAGAUUAUAGAAAGGGUCAACCCCUUUCAACGUUGUGGAUGCAUGAAAACCAAUAAAAGCCAAAGCUCUUGAAGCCUUCGGUUUAGCCUAUGUUGUGACAUGCAAAGAUAUGGUUGUGUUUUAUUUCAAAGUAAUGAUAUCAAGUAGACUAUUAUACGACUGUCGUACAACUGAAUGAUGUGACAAUG